CGGGGACGCAUUGUAUUCCCACACGCCUCGGGGACAUCACCAGGGCGGGGAAAAUGGGACGGGCAGUCACGAUCAGGUCCUGCAACCCAAUUACAAAGCAUACAUCCGUGAAUUUUACGACCGAAACCUGCAGCAGCCGGGGUGUCAUUCCUCGAAUUCAUACUGACAUUCGCUUAUCGAAUGAACAUCACUGCCUCCUCUCUUUCGCGCGGAACAGGUCGAGGAAUCGAACCUUGUCCUCCCAGCCCAGGCCCGUUCGUUUCAUCUUGCCCAUCUGGGCGAUGAGGACGGCACAUGCUUCGGAGAGCUGAUCUCCCUCGCUGUAGUUGCCCAGAACUUCGCUGGCAAGGAACAGCUGCGAGCCAGGAGAUUCUGAUGGAGCGAGGAGUCGAACAGAAACGCUUUGCGGUGCGAGAGAAGCUGCGGUAGAAAAGAGGUGUCCAAGUGGAUUGCCGGCACCGGGAAUGGUGUGAGCGAGUGU